AUGGGCUACCGUGGUUUGGGUUACUUCAGCAGGAGAAGCCUUGAUGGUAUGGCAUGCUCCAGGCCCAGAAUAGCUGUCAGAAGACAUCCUCCUCCAAGACAUGGAUAUGGCUUUGGUGCAGCUGGCACAAGGUUUGGCUACAGAGGUGCUGGCUUUGGCUACAGGGUUGGCGGAGUCUCCAAACCAUGCACCAUCAUACCCAUCACCAUCAACAAGCAACUGCUCCAACCGCUCAGACUGGAACUGGAUCCCAACAUGCAAACAGUGAAGUACCAAGAGAAGGAGCAGAUCAAGACUCUCAACAACAAAUUUGCUUCUUUCAUUGACAAGGUUCGAUUCCUGGAACAGCAGAAAAAGGUGCUGGAGACCAAGUGGAGCUUUUUGCAGGGUCAAAAACACUGCAAGAAUACCAUCAUACCCAUGUUAGAAGCUUAUACUGGUAACUUGAAGAAGCAACUGGAAGCACUGGGGCACAACAGAGCCCAGUUAGAAACGGACCUGAAAGCAGCACAGCAGGUUUUGGAAACCAACAAGAAAAUGCACAAGGACGAAUGCAGCCAGCGGACGUGCACUGAGAGUGAGUUUAUGGCCCUGAAGAAGGAUGCGGACUGUUUUUUCUUAAACAAAGCAGAGCUGGAAGCCAAGGUGGAAAGCCUGAAAGAAGAGGUUGAAUUCCUGAGAAUGUUCUACAAAGAGGAAAUCCACCAGCUGCGGGCGCAGAUCUCAGAUACUUCAGUGAUCAUGCAGAUGGACAACAGCCGAGAUCUCAACUUGGAUGGCAUCACUGUGGACUUUGAGGAGCAGCGAGUCACUGCAGGCAGAAACGCUGACAUCCUGCGAGAGACAAAAAACAAGAUAGCUGAGCUGACACCGAUAGUCCAGAGACUGAACAGAGAAGUCAGAAGCGCCAAGGACCAGCGCUGCAAGCUGGAAGCUGCCGUGGCUGACGCUGAGCAGCGUGGGGAAACAACCAUCAAGGAUGCAAAGCACAAACUCUCUGAGCUGGAGACAGCCCUGCAGCAGACCAAGGCAGACCUGACCCGGCAGCUCCACGAGUACCAGGAACUCGCGAACGCCAAGCUGGCCCUGGACAUCGAGAUCGUCACCUAUAGGAAGCUGCUGGAGGGAGAGGAGACCAGGCUCUGUGCAGAAGGUGGCUUCCCCAUCAACACCUCUGCUUGCCAUUCACAGGGAGGUCUCACCUACAGCCCCAAGCCUGACUUUGCAAGUGCCCAUGCCUCAGCCAACAGAAAGUCAUGCUGGACCAGCAGCGUGGGGGUCUGUGGCACAGUGGUGAGCUGCGGUGACGGUGUUAGCAGCAGGAGCACAAGGAGCUCCUACAUGAAGGUGGUGUCCAUGACCAAGUCAGCCAGGAGUAACAUGUAA